UAAGCUUUAAAAUUGUUAUCCUGGUCAGAGAGUGAAAUCAGGAGUGCCUAUUUUAGGCCUGUUUGGAAGAAUAUAACUCAAUACAGUGGCCUAGUCUUGCUGGUUAGAGGUUUUGCAGACUACCAUCGCCACCCGAGCUCUGAAGGAUGGAUUUAAACGCCACCAUGUCGAGCAAAAGGGCAAAGACCAAGACUACCAAGAAGCGCCCCCAGCGCGCAACAUCCAACGUGUUCGCCAUGUUUGACCAGUCACAGAUUCAGGAGUUCAAAGAAGCCUUCAACAUGAUUGAUCAGAACAGAGAUGGUUUCAUUGACAAGGAAGAUUUGCAUGAUAUGCUUGCCUCCCUAGGGAAAAAUCCAACUGAUGAGUAUCUGGAUGCCAUGAUGAAUGAGGCUCCCGGGCCCAUAAAUUUUACCAUGUUUCUCACUAUGUUUGGUGAAAAGUUAAAUGGCACAGAUCCGGAAGAUGUCAUCAGAAAUGCUUUUGCUUGCUUUGAUGAAGAAGCAACUGGCACCAUCCAGGAAGAUUACCUGAGAGAGCUGCUGACAACCAUGGGAGAUCGCUUUACAGACGAGGAAGUGGAUGAGCUGUACAGAGAAGCGCCUAUCGACAAAAAGGGAAAUUUCAAUUAUAUUGAGUUCACACGCAUCCUUAAACAUGGAGCGAAAGACAAAGAUGACUGAAAAGAACUUCAAAUUCCAGCCAAACGUUCCUUGUUGCCACUUUGGGUAUUUCUGAGACUUUCUCUUAGAGUCUGUUGCAUGCCCUUAGCUUUGCAGCUUUUGCCUUUCUUGUAUUUAUUCUCAGCCAUUUUAGGCACAUGCAUCUCUAUAAUCAGACUGGAAAUGGGACUUUUUAUCAUUUUCAGAAUAGAAAAUAGGGCAAUUUAACUUACCAGCCCCCUCCCAAAAUAACUGCAGUCUACAGAGUCAGUAUAUUUUUUCAGAGAAAGUUAUUCAGUUUUUUCUGAACCAUAAUUAAACUUUAUGAUAAAAACUUACUUGUUUAAAACUUAUUUCCCAAAAUUGGCUUUUGUUAGUUGCAUCUUCCAAGGAAAGGUAGACGAGACAAAUCCUGGAAAAUGGUAUGGUUGUUAGACCUCUCCCUUACUCCUUCCAGUUUCCCUAACAAUCCUAUCUCUACUAUAUAUCCCUCCCCCCACCAAAGAAAUCAGUUUUAACUGCCUUAAUUGGGUUUCCUGCACUUUGUCUUUCAGUUUUAAAAAUAAUUUUCUAUAGAAUUUGCAUAGACAUGCUAACUUUGGUAGCUUUAAAUCCUUAAGUUUAACAUACCUGUCAGCAUCCCUCCUUAUCUGUUCUAAACUUUUGUGCAUUAUUUCAUGUCAUUUAAAAUUAGACUAGGCCACUGAGUAUAAUUUUAAUUUGUCCUAAUUUUUAAAACUAUUUUAGCCCCAAAAGGUUCUAUGGAAUGUUUCUUACCAAAAAUAUUUUUUUGUAUUGUAUUUCAUAAUGUUGGAAAUACAAUCCAGCAUUUUUUAUUGUAUGUAGCUUCUUUUUUAAUACAACUGUCCCUCUUGAAAUACCGUGUUUGUUUAUGCAGAGAUUCACCAUGAAUCCUUGUAUGAAUUUUGGACAUUCCUGACCUGCCCACAAUCAAAACAGCUGAAGCUACAUGCCUGGGAAAGUGAGACCAUUAUUUCAGUCCUAAAAAUAACGUCUGCUAUUUGCAGAAAUGCAGGACUGUUUCAGAGUUAAUCAGAAGUUUCAUUUGCUUUAGGCUUCAAAAAUCUAACUUCCAAAUAUUCAUGAAUUUUAAAAAGACCUUGAAAUGUUGGGAGAAAAAGUCAGCUGAAAAGAGUUGGCCUACAAAGAUGAGUAAUUGACAAUUACUCUAAUAACUUUAUGUUUUAUGCUACUAUUAACAAGACUGUCCUUGGACAAAGCCAUUACCUCAUUCAAUAAACAAUUACUGAAUGCCUUUAAGGCAGCAGACCUUUGCACUCAACAGGAUAGGUGAGCUAGAUCCUUUAAUCUGGUGCAGCCAGCUUUAUAGAGCAGAAGUAGAAAGACUAGGAACAAGACUGCUUCUGCCUCCUUCAAGAUUAGAAUCUUAGCACCUCCCUUAACUAUUUGCCUUUUAUGUGUUUCUGAAUUUCAUUCAGUAGGUUAAGCAAAAUACUUUUCCUAGGCUCAUGGCCAUGAUGCUAAAAUCUUGUUUGUUGAAUUGAAUUUCCAUUUCAACUGAAAACAUGGUCACUUCUGUUUUUAACAAAUUGCCAAAUUACAUUGUUUCCACUACAGAAACAAUGUGGUCUCAUCUACUAAAAUGAGCUCUUGCAGUAUCCCCAUUUUCAUUUCAAAUAACUGCUCAAAGAAUCAGCUUCCAUUAGGAAUAGUGCAUGGUCUUCCACAAAUGAAGUAAGUCUCCUAAUAUGGUAAUAGCAUUCUUUACAUAGUAACUAGGUUUUACUUAAGCAAAGAUAAUUGCCAAUAAAAAAAUUAAAGCA